UCACCUGUCAAGGAUAGUAAACUGCCUUUGCUAAAUAUCUUCACCAAACCUUACACCAUGGUGUCCUUCUUCCCGUAGCAGUGCACGGCAGAUGGCUGGUUUAAAUAAUUCAGCCGGGCGAGUGGGGUUGAGUUCGGGCCGUUCGUUUUUGAAACAGUAGUCGACAACUUUACGGGCUCUCUGGAGAUUGCGAGUAAAUAUAGGUUCGGUCUGAUCGAGGCGGCAUUAGCGAGAUUAGUGCGGCUCCGUGGUCUCGAGCUGCGCCCGGGCGCGAGACUCUCUUUAAAGAUUAAGACCCCGGCGUCUGAAGGACAGGACUGAGAGACUCAGUCCUCGUGUAUUUUUCCUAAAACAUUUACAAUAAAAACAUACUGCGAUAAUAGAUACACUUUGAGAUUUUUUCAGGGGAGACCGAGGUCUGCUUUACUGAGACUCUACUGCAAGGGCCUGGAGUCUUGUCAGGAGGGAAAAGAUAUGCCUAGUACGCAAAAAGACAGAACUGAGCUGAAUGCACAGUAACGCUUCACGGAAAAUGCAGCCAGCAUCGUGGCCCUUCACGUGCUUGGGGAUAGGGAUUGGACUCCUUUGUGUGGUUGCCUUUAGUUCUUCUCAGGAUAACACUGAAGACUGGCAGUAUGAGGAAUGUAAGCUCUCCAGGGCGGGGCCCCCUGCCACUAUCGUAGCCAUUGAUGAGGAAAGUCCCAAUGGGACUGUUCUGGUUGAAAAUAUGCAAAUAAAUGGCAGAGCUCAAGACCCAGGAAGAACCAUAUCCUUAUCUUUACAAGACAAUUACGACCACUGGGUCAUUCUGGAUCCCAUGAGACAGCGGCUGUACCUGAACAGCACCGGCCGUGUUCUUGACAGAGAUCCGCCUAUGUACAUCCACUCCAUCGUGGUGCAAGUGAAGUGCAUCAACGAGCUGGUCGGCACGCUCAUCCUGCACGAGGUACGCAUCGUGGUGAGGGACCGCAACGACAACGCACCGCGCUUCCAGCAGCCGCGCUACUACGUCGCCAUAAACGAGCUAACUCCAGUGGGGACCACAAUCUUUACUGGCUUCUCUGGGAACAAUGGUGCCACAGAUAUUGACGAUGGCCCGAAUGGACAGAUUGAGUACGUCAUCCAGUACAACCCGAACGACCCGACAGCAAACAGAACCUUUGACAUACCGCUCACCCUGUCCGGCGCCGUGGUCCUGAGGGAGAGGCUGAACUACGAGGAAACCACACGCUACCUGGUCAUCAUACAGGCCAACGACCGUGCCCCGUACCCCAAAGACAGGCUCACAGCCACCACCACGCUCACCGUAGACGUGCUUGACGGGGACGACUUGGGGCCCAUGUUCCUUCCAUGCACUCUGGUCAACAACACGCGGGACUGCAACCCCAUCACGUACCGGGCCGCCAUCCCAGAGCUCACCGACCCCAGCAAAGUAAACCCAGUCAACGUUACUCCCACCAUUCAGGCAGUUGAUCAAGAUCGAAAUAUACAGCCCCCAUCGGAUCGACCAGGCAUUCUUUACUCCAUCCUCAUUGGUAAACCAGAGACGUAUCCUGAGUAUUUUACGCUCAACCAGACCACAGCUGAGCUCCGACUUCUGCAACCCAUUAGGAGGGAUCAAUACCACAAAUUCGACUUGGUGAUCAAGGCAGAACAGGAUAACGGGCACCCCCUCCCAGCGUUCGCUAAUUUACACAUAGAAGUCCUCGACGAGAAUAACCAAGCGCCUUACUUUGAAGCCUCCACUUACCAGGGCUUCAUCUUGGAGUCGGCGCCUGUGGGAGCCACCGUCUCCAACAGCAGCAGUCUGACAUCACCACUCCGAAUUAUUGCCCUGGACAACGAUAUUGAGGAGACCAAAGACCCAAUGGUGCAGAUAUCCUUGGACGACUACACCACAGUCUUCUCGGUGACCCCAUCUGGAUUAAUGCGGUACCUGAAGCUGCUGACACCUGUAGAUCGUGAAGUACAGCAGAACUACACCUUUAGGAUGAUCGCCUCUGACGGAGUCCAGGAGAGCGCACCUGUGAUCGUUAAUAUCCUGGUGAUCGAUGCCAACGAUAACGCGCCGACGUUCCCAAACAUCUCCUACAGCGUCGACAUUUACACCGACAUGCUAUCGGGGGAUGCCGUCCUUCGGCUGACAGCACUGGAUGCAGAUGAGGGUCUCAAUGGGCUGGUAACCUACGAGAUCCUGGCAGGUGCCCAGGGAGACUUCACCAUCGAUAACCGCUCCGGGCUCAUCUCCGUGGCGCCUGGUGUCAGCCUGAUCGUGGGCCGCUCCUACGCGCUGACCGUCAAGGCCACGGACAGUGCCCCUGUGUUGCAGAGGAGGAGCUCUAUCACCACAGUCUACAUCGAAGUCCUGCCCCCCAACAACCAGAGUCCCCCACGCUUCCCCCUGUUCACGUACAACAUGGAGGUCAGCGAGGCCAUGAGGAUCGGGGCCAUCCUGCUCAAUCUGCAGGCAACAGAUCGAGAAAAGGAUCCUAUUACAUACAAAAUCCAAACCGGGGAUCCGCAGAACGUCUUCAACCUCUCUGAAACUUCAGGACUGCUGAUACUGGGCAAAUCCCUUGACAGGGAGACCACGGAUCGGUACGACCUGACUGUCACGGCCUCGGAUGGCAAGCCGGACGGGACUUCUACAGCUAUUGUGAACAUUGUGGUCACUGAUGUGAAUGAUAAUGAUCCUGUCUUCGAUGCGUCUCUGCCAAACAACUUCACCGUCCAAGAGGGGGAGGCCAACUCUUUUGUGGGACAGGUUAAGGCCACUGACCCAGAUGCGGGAGUUAAUGGGCAAGUGCGGUACAAACUGGUAAACCACGCCGGGAUGUUCAGAAUCAACUCUAGCGGCAGCAUCUUCACCGCAGUGCCAUUGGAUCGCGAGGCCCAGAGCCAUUACAGCCUGAUCGUGGAGGCGUCCGAUGGGGCGCCGGACCCGCGCCGCGCCACAGCCAGACUCACCGUGGAGGUGCUGGACGUGGACGACAACAGCCCUGUGUUCUCCGAGAGCGCGUACACGGCUGCCGUGCCGGAGAACAGCCCUGUGGGAACGGUGUUUCUGCAGUUGCUGGCGACCGAUGCUGACCUUCACUCCAACAUCACAUAUCGCAUCCGCACCGUGGAGGCCAGACAGCUGUUCUCCAUCGACCCCUUGACGGGGCACCUCUCACUGCUGAAGAUAUUGGACUUUGAGGACCUCGCUAGCUCAGGGGCGACGUACACCUUUGUAGUGGAGGCCGCGGACGUCGGUGGGAACAUGCCCCCCGGCCUGGCUACCGUCACCAUCAAAAUAUUGGACAUGAAUGACUAUUCCCCCGUGUUCGGGCAAGCUCUGUACCGCGGAAUGGUGGCGCCAAACGCAGUGAAGGGAAGCCUCAUCGCGACGGUGCACGCCGAAGAUCGGGACCCUCCUGGUACUGCCGCAAGUCGUGUGCGUUACAGAGUGGAUCUGGACCAAUCCCCGUACAGCGGGAGUAUUUUUGACGUGGAAGAAGAUUCGGGCAAGGUGAUCACUAGGGUCAAUCUCAACGAAAAGCCCAGCACAAUAUUUAGGCUGGUGGUUAUUGCUUACGACGAUGGUGAUCCAGUCAAGAUGAAUAGUACUCUUGUUGAGAUAACUGUUCUUCAGCCUUCAGUCAUCCCAGUUUUCACCCAGGAGGAAUACAGAUUCGCCCCCGUCAGCGAGAACGCUCCCAUGGGGACGGCGGUCGGUGUCAUCCUGGCUGCCGCCGUAAACCAGACGGUCGUCUACUCCAUCGUGGAGGGGAACGAAGGCCGAGAGUUCGCUGUGAACAACAUCACUGGAGUCAUAUUCACGGCCAAGGCCCUAGACUACGAGUCCAACACCAGCUAUGUCCUCCGUGUCCAGGCGGACUCUUUGAGCAUUGUUGAGUCCAAUAUCCGAGUGCCUUCAAAGACUAACACAGCCAAAGUGUUUAUUGAAGUCCAGGAUGAGAACGAUCACCCACCUGUUUUCACCAAGCAGCUGUACAUCGGCGGGGUGGCAGAGGAUGCCAAGACUUUCUCGUCAGUGUUGAAAGUCCAGGCCCUGGACAAAGACACUGGGAAUUACAGUGCAAUGCAAUACAGACUGAUAAUACCUCCCUCGACUGACGGCAAGGAUAGUUUCGUCAUCGAGCCCUACACCGGCAUCAUUAAAUCGGCAAUUAUCUACAGGAACAUGCGGCGGUCCUACUUCAAAUUCGAUGUUAUUGCAACAGAUGACUAUGGGAAGGGGAUGAGCAGCAGUGCACAAGUGGUGAUAUCUGUGGUUAAUCAGCUGGAUAUGCAGGUGGUGGUGUCCAACGUUCCGCCCACUGUGGUGGAACAGAACAAGGAACAGCUCAUUGGGAUUCUUGAGCGUUACGUCCAGGAUCAGAUUCCCGGGGCGAAGGUGCUGGUGGAGUCCAUUGGGGCGCGCCGUUUUGGAGACGGCUACGAGCAGGAAGAUUACACCAAAUCGGAUCUCAUGGUGUACGCAGUCGACCCGCUGACCAACAGGGCCAUAUCUCGGCAGGAGCUUUUCAAGUUCCUGGAUGGAAAGAUUCUCGACAUCAACAAGGAGUUCCAGCCCUAUCUGGGCCAGGGUGGCCGCAUUCUGGAGAUCCGCUCCCCCGAUAUCGUGGCCAGCGUGAAGAAGGCUGCACAGGCCGUGGGCUACACAGAGGGGGCGCUCUUGACCCUGGCCAUCAUCAUUAUCCUCUGCUGCAUCCCUGCCAUCGUUAUCGUCAUGGUCACCUACAAACAAUUCAAAGAGCGUCAAGCUGAAUGUGCAAAAACGGCACGGAUCCAGAUGGCUCUACCAGCGGGCAAAUCAGCCGGCGGCACCACUAACAAUCUCUACGAGGAGCUCGGGGACAGCACCAUGCGAGGUUAUGGACAUCAAGAACAGCAGCAGUUGCUGAGGCCAACACUUCUUAGACCAGAGGAGCUCUCCAUGGAGUCCGGCAUUGACCCCGGCCAGGAAUAUUACGCUCAGGAUUACUAUAAUUACGAGCACGGGUAUGACUUGCCUCAGUAUGGUAGUCGCCGAAAGUUGAUAUCUCCGUCAGGAAUGUACGAUGAGUAUGGAGAGGUGAUCAUGGAAGAUGACGGCAGCUACUACUACAGUCCUCAAGGGUCUGAGGGAGAGGUAUCCAUGCGGGGUCGAAGGCCCAUGCGAGGCAGAGGUCCACCUCGGCCACCACAGAAAGUGGCCUUCAGGGGCCCCCCAGCAGCUCCCGAACUUCCAGGGGAUGAGCACGUUCCCGGCAGUUCAAAGGCUGCCAAGCGAUUAAAAUCAGUUAUGAAACUCAGCAAAAUUUUAUCCGCGAGCAAAACCACUGGCCAGCCAUCUGGUGCUUUAGCCCCUCGUCACUCUCCAUGGAAGAAAGCCCGGAUAUUCCCAAUGAUGUUUUCCAAAGAUAAAAAGGAUGGGAGGGAUUAUGCCACUCUGGCAUCUGCCCGGGAUGGUGGGGUGGUCAUAGAUGGCACGUAUUUUCAGGCGUCGGACGAGAAGUCCUCGGCAAGUAAGCGCCUGCAAAAAGUGCUGAGCCGCAUAAACAUCACCAAGAAGCUGCAGACCCGGAGAAGGUCUCAGAGUAGCAAGAGCGAAAGGUCAGCUGCCGAGAGCGAGAAAGAUGAGUCCGCAUCCCAGCCCACCAGUGACAAAGACAGAGAAGAAGGGCAGUCAAAGCUUUCCAUAAGUGUUACUGGGGAGACUGAUCAAGAGGACAGCGGCUCAGAAGCCAAGAGUAAGAAAGAGGACUCAGGGGAUGAUGUGUCAGAGAAAAGUAGUGGUACUCCACCCAGUAAAGACAAGGAUUACCUUAAGCUUGACUCUGAUAGAGAUGAUGCUAAUGAGAGUACUGUGGACUCAGAAGAGGAACAGGAAGUUUCUGAUGAUGAAAAGGAGUCAGCAUCUAAGGAAGAGUCAGAGUCCGAGAGAGAGUCUGGUGCAGAUGAAGAGUCAGAAGCUGAAUCAGAGACCGAAAAAGAUUCUCAGACUGAAAAGGAGUCAGAUACAGAGGAAGAAAAGGAGUCAGAUAUAGAGGAGGACUCUGAAGACGAAGAUAAAACUUCAGUUUCAGAGGAGAAUGAAGUUGAAGCAUCUACAUCAAAGACAGCUUCCAGCAAACCUUCUAGUUCUCAGAUAAGUGCACAAUCUUCAAGAAGCUCUUCAGACACUGGGACGUCCAGGAGAUCAUCAUCAGAGAGGUCCACUGAAAGCACAAUUGGUAGCAAGAGAAGCAGGUCUUCAGGGAUAUCCAGAAGCUCCUCUAAUGGGAGAAGCAAGAGCAGCAAGUCAUCUGAGGCUAUGUCUGCUUUCAGUGAAGAAUCUGAAGAAGCAACAGAAGAGCCAAGUGAAAAAGAGGAGAUAGAGUUGGAUGAAGACAAUGAUGAAGAUGCCACUGUCUCAACAGCCAGAAGCUCCCAUAGUGGGACUAUAUAUAGCACAGGAGCAAGUAGCAGUGUGCCGGAAAGUUUGGAGGAGGACAACGAACUGUCCCCUAUAAGUGAAGCUGAUGAAGAGGAGGAGAUUUCUUCUCAGAAGACAAAAACCUCUGUUUCUAGUCAUUACGCCUCUCCUGUGUCUGCCUCUUCGGCAUCAGGCAGCACUCAGCCUUCUUUAAGUAUGUCACCUGAGGAAAAUGAGGAACAGGAAGAGGAAACUGAAAAUGAGGCAUCAAAUUCAGAGGAGGAAUCAGCGACUUCCUUUUAGCUAACAUUCAGAACCUUUAAGUAAGAUGGGCCAGUCCCAUUUCUGAUCUGCUGGUGUGGCCCUGCUUAAGUGUGAUUUCCUAUCUUAAUCUCUUUCCACAGACAUGCUGUGAAUCCCACCAACUUGUGAUGCUAUGCCUGUCUGCAUGCUUUCCUGUUUCAGAUUUUCCCUAGUCAACACUUGCAAUGUCCUAUUAGAUCGGUUCAAUGAGUUUGGUCUCUGAUACUCUUGGAUUGCAGUGCUAGUCUUUGUGCUUUGUUUUGUUUAAUGAGCAAUGAAAUGAAGCACAAAUGCCUGAUGCAAUGAAAGUGAAACCUGUUUCCACUCAUAACAUAAUAGUAGUAAAUGGCAGCGUACUGACAGAGUACUGGAAUUUCCUCAAAUUUCAUGUUGCUUUUCUAGAAGCCUUGUGUUAACCAACUCACUGUCUCUCUUCCAGUGUGGGAGAAAGAAGCGCAUCAAGCUUGUGGUGG